AUGCCCUGGAAAAAGUCCGAGGCGCUGCACGGCCUGUCCAGCCGCGGCCCCGCCACAAAGUUCGACGACCCCGCCAAGCCACACCUGCACUCACGUCGUGCCGCCGUGUACAACGGCGUCGUCUUCGCCAACGUCAUGAAUAGUACCGCCAGCUUCAACGAGACCCUCUCGAAAUCCAUCGGCUGUGUCGACGGAGGCUCGUGCGAUGUACUACAACCUUGGCAAGGGCGGGCUGACGUACUGCAUGUUAGACAUCAACCUGUUGCGCGACCCGCCCUGGAGACGCCCGGCGAGGGCCCCUUCGUGGUGGGGCGCUACGCCGUCAACUUCGUGCGCGGCAUGCAGGACAUCCUCCGCCACGACACGGCGGCGGACCCCAGUCCCGGCCGAUCAAGACGUCGGCGUGUUGCAAGCACUACGCCCCCUACAAUCUCGACGACUGGCACGGCCACACCCGCUUCAAGUCGACGCGCGCGUCCAGGAGCGCGGGACAUGGUCGAGACCUUCCUCCGCCCCUUCGAGAUGUGCGUCCGCGACGGCGACGUCAGCAGCGUCAUGUGCUCCUACAACCGCGUGAGCGGCAUCCCGGCCUGCGCCGAUGCCAGGCUGCUCUCCCAGACCAUCCGCGGGGAAUGGCAGUUCCACGGCUACAUCGUCUCCGACUGCGAAGCCGUCCGCGUCAUGGUCGACAACGUCACGUGGCUCGGCUACACCGCCAUCAAGGGCAGUGCCGCCGUGCUCAAAGCCGGGCUCGACCUCGACUGCGACGAGAGCUGA